GUGAAGAGUAAGUAUCCCACGUUCAUCCAGUCCCAGGUUCCACGACGUACUUGUACGUACUGCGGGGGUGCUUGUUGAAUGCAGUCAACGAUGUGCUCACACAAUCAAAACCAGAAGAACUACCCCGAACUUAACCAUGGAUCUGGGGCAAAAUGGAUCAAGAGUUUGACACAGAACCGACUGUCCACUUUCCUUGGUGGUCACUUCGAAGGUGUCAACCUGAGUUCUGUCCUCUACACUCAUCGCAUCGAUGGCUCCCAUCAUGUAGAUCUCCAAGUCUGGAGUGCACCGGGUCUUACCAAGCCCUCGUUUCGAGAGGCAAUGAAACAAGAGUUCAAACCAGCGAAGAAGGGUGAUUCAUUUGGGCCAUCUUGGACAAACCACUGGUGGAAGGUCACUCUCAAGAUUCCUUCCUACUGGCAACAGUAUGGACGCGUACAAUUUGAGUUUGAUCCUGGCUGCGAAGCUAUGAUAUUCACCCCAGAUGGCGUUCCGCUUCAAGGAAUUACUGGUGGUUACGGCGGAGAUCGCAGAGUCGAACAUCUCAUCCCGCCUCAAGCUGUUCGUGACGGUCACUACGCUGUGGUCAUCGAGUCCAGCUGUAACGGCAUGUUCGGCGUGCCAUGGAACGGCGACAUCAUCGCGCCUCCCGAUCUGAACAGGUACUUUCAGCUUGCGUCUGCAGACCUAGUCGUCCCAAACCAAGAUGCUUGGCAUCUGAUGUGGGACUUCACCACUCUUCGUGAGAUUGUGGACACUGUCCCUGGAAACACUGCCCUUCAAAACAAGGCGCUCGUCACAGCCAAUAAAAUCAUGAAUGCAUUUAAAUCUGGAGAUCCCGAGAACGUGAAACGCAUGCGCGGAAUUGCCGAGGAUGUAUUCGGAAAAGGUUGGCACGCGAAAGGCGACAAGGUAUACAGUGAAGGCCCCAAAAAGGCCCAGAUUGUCGGAAUUUCAUACUGUCAUAUUGAUACAGCAUGGCUGUGGCCGUAUUCAGUCACACAGCAGAAGACAGCGAGGUCAUGGUCCACCCAGAUUGAUUUGAUGGAACGCUACCCAGAGCAUAGAUUUGCUUGUUCUCAAGCCCAACAAUUCAAAUGGCUUGAAGAGCAAUAUCCUCCACUUUUUGAACGUAUCAAGAAGAAAGUGGCGUCUGGCCAGUUCCAUCUCAUUGGUGGCUCGUGGGUCGAGAACGAUGGAAAUAUGCCUUCAGGUGAAGCCCUCGUCCGGCAAUUCCUAUACGGUCAACGCUACUUCGAGUCGCGUUUUGGCAAGCGGUGUGAGACUGCUUGGCUCCCAGACUCGUUCGGUCUCACUGCGGCCUAUCCGCAACUGAUCAGGGAUGCGGGCAUGAAGUACUUUUUCACGCAGAAGUUGAGCUGGAAUAACAUAAAUGUCUUCCCGCACUCCACCUUCAAUUGGGUUGGCAUCGAUGGCUCGCAAGUACUUUGUCAUAUGACACCCGUCGAUACUUACACUGCACAAGCAACAGUCGGGGAUGUCAACAAGGGGAUCACAAAUCAUAAGAACCUUGAGUCAAACGCUACUGCCCUUCUGGUCUUUGGAAACGGGGAUGGAGGAGGGGGAGCAUUGCCCAAGAUGCUGGAGAACCUGCGUCGCAUUCGCGCGACUACUAAUGAACACAGAGAACUUCCAUCUGUUAGUAUGGGAAGUUCUGUCGAGGAGUUCUUCGAGGACAUCGAGGAAGAUUCGAAGGAGGGGAAAACGCUGCCAGUUUGGAAAGGGGAAUUGUACCUUGAAUUUCACAGGGGAACCUAUACUUCGCAUGGUUCCAUCAAGAAAGGUAAUAGGAAGUGCGAGAUACUUUUGAGGGAUGUGGAGCGCGUGGUUACCCUGACUUCGCUCCUCAAGCCCAAGGGACAUUCGUAUGUGUAUCCGAAGCGGGCCAUUGAUGAGUGCUGGGAGAAAGUGUUACUCAAUCAGUUCCAUGAUGUCUUACCUGGAUCUGCAAUCGGCAUGGUCUAUGAUGAUGCAGAGAAGUUGUACGCCGAAGUUCGUGAAGUAUGCACCAGUCUUCUCGAAGAUGCAUUCAGUGUUCUCCUCCCGCGAUCAUCUCCCCUCCUGACGAACUCGACGCCGGAAACGCUAAUUGCGUUUAACGCCACGUCAUUUGCGCGCCACGAUGUCAUCAAGAUUCCUUUGUCUGGAGAUGCCGCCCGCCUGAACGCGCCAGUUGUUCAAACAUCCGCAGAUGGCAAGUACGGAUAUGCUCUAAUGCACUCGGUUGGAAAUGAGGUCGUGUCACAUCCUGUGGGCAUGUCAUCGGAUUGUAUGCCUGCAUCUGUAUUUACCAAUGGAACUGACCACUUCGUUCUCCGGAAUGCCAAUGUCCAGCUCACCAUAUCAAAGGGACGGAUCAUCAGCCUGAUCGACGUUAAGCUUAGUCGUGAGCUUAUUCCCAAAGGAAGUUCCGGUGGAUUGGUUAUUUUCGAAGAUCGUCCUAAUUACUGGGAUGCCUGGGAUGUGGAAAUCCACCACCUCGAAACAUCUACUCCGCUUUCGUUCUCUCAAGUUCAAGUUAUAGCUGAAGGGCCUCUUAGAGCCGCUGUCCAGACCCAGGUCAAGUACGGGAACAGUACGAUUAAUGUCACGAUCUCCCUCGAUGCUAUCACCGCAACGAUGAAAGGAGAUUCCCGCUCCUUCUUCAACUUCGAUGCCGUGGUCGAUUGGCAUGAGAGACACAAGUUCCUCAAAUUUGAACUACCGCUCGACAUCAACAACACGUAUGCGACUUACGAGUCACAGUUUGGUUUCGUUCAGCGGCCGACACACAAGAAUACAACGCUGGACGCUGCCAAAUUUGAGGUCUGUGGGCACAAGUUCGCAGAUCUUAGCGAAUAUGGAUAUGGGGUUGCAUUCCUGUCAGAAUCCAAGUAUGGCUUUGCAUGUGAAGGCAAUGUUCUUCGUAUCUCCCUGCUCAGAGCAGCCACGGCACCUGACGCAGAGCAGGACCAAGGCAAGCACGAGUUCUCAUGGGCAGUCAUGCCUCACAUAGGCUCUUUCCUCGAAUCCGACGUUCCGAUGGCUGCCUUUAUUUAUAAUUCGCCCUUGCAUGUGAGAACUGUUCCCGCGCAGAACGCGGGCCGUCCCGUCCCGUCUCUCCCAUUCUGGCUUGAAGGCGCACCGAACAUCUUCUUGGAGACUGUCAAGAGAGGAGAAGACGACUUCGAACCGAAGGCGUCCGGCACAACCGUCAUCUUGCGCAUGUAUGAAGCGUUUGGUGGGCAUGGUUCUGUAAAGUUACACGUCGGAAAAGACCUGCCUGUGAAGCGCGCGUAUGUCACGAACAUUCUGGAGGACACUAAAGGGGAGCUUGGUCUGGUAUCCACGGCGGGCGCGCAUAGCACGCUUAAGCUCGAAUUCCGAAGUUUCGAGGUGAAAACGGUGAAGUUGGUGCUGGAGGUCGAGAAUUCUGACGUUCCAAACAUCUCUCCUACGACAUCUGCGAAGAGAGAUAGCUGGGUCACUGUUGACGAGGAACUGUAAUGUUUCAAAACCUCGAAUUGAUUGAAAGGACGCGGACGAUCUCGUGUAUAUAUGUACUACUUAGUAGUGUACAACCGGGUGAAAUGUGUAUGAUGACUGGUGCGGACUCA